AUGAAAUCGCAUUAUGAUAAACAGUCUGAUGUUGAUACUAUAAACGUGGUUUUAUUUGAUUUCGUGUUGAGCGUUUGUACACAUUUUGAUGUUAUGGAUAUUUUUGAAAUUAUUCUAGGUAGUUACGAAUCAUUCGUUAUUGGUUUAAAAUUUCGCUUCAAAAGCCAAGUAAUUUGACAAUAUUAUAAUAAUUAUUAUGUAGGAAAAUAUUUUAUAUAGGGAUUAUUGUAAAUUAUUUAUUAUUGUUUAAAUUAUGGGAUUAGCAAUCAAAAGAACGGGAACUAGUACAAUCGUUUAAUGACCAUGUGCAUCAGGCUAGUAUCCGCUCAGUGGCUUGUUCAUCCAAGUACAUGGUAUCAAGCAGCACCGAUGAAACCAUUGAAGUAUACAAUAUGAUUAGGCGGUGUCAUGUUCAUACCAUACUACAGCACAGUGGCACAGUGACUUCUUUGUCAUUUACACCAGACGAAUCCCAUUUGAUCAGCACUAGUGAUGACGGUUCUAUAGCAAUAUUUGAGACUGGUUCAUGGAAGUUAAAGAAACUAUGGGAUAAAGCCCAUAAAGGAUCAGGUAGGUCGUUAAAUAAAUGUAAUUUAAAAUUAAAAAACAAUAUAAAUUAUUGAAUUGCACUGUAAAAGUUACAAUUACUGUAAUUUGAAUUUGAACAAAAAAAUGUUCUUGCAGUUAUUUAAUAAAUAAACGUUUUAAUUUUUACAUAGCUGUUUCAUACCUAGCUGUACAUCCUAGUGGAAAAUUAGCAUUAUCUGUUGGAAAAGAUAAAACUAUGAAAACAUGGAAUUUAGUAAAAGGAAGACCUGCAUACACUACAAACCAUUCAAGGUAAGUGUACUACUUAUGUGUAAACAUAUUUAUGUAUAGUUUUUUAAUUAACUGUUAAUUGAUUUACUUUCCUGUUUAUUAGUAUGAGUUCAUAUUACUUCUUUGAUAAAAUUAUUUGGUCUCCAGAUGGACAACAUUAUGCAUUACCGUUAAACACAAAAUUGAUGAUUUAUAAUGUAGAAUCUGCAGGUAUUGCUGUAACUAUUGAAAAUAAUCAAAAAAUACAUGGAAUUUCAUUCUUAACAGUAAUAAAAAUUAUAAUUAUGUAAUUAAAAUAUUGUGUUAUCUCUACAAUUUAUUAUUGCAGGAACAUUUGGUAUGUUUUGGUUCUGAAAAUGGUUCACUAAAUUGUUAUGAUAUUAUUAAAAAAGAAAGUGUAUGGGAAAUGAAAAUUGGAGAAACUAGAGUGAAAUGUUUGACAAAAGUAAAUAAAUGGCUCGUAACAGCAUUAAGUGACGGUAAUGUUACAGUAUGGGAACUUAAUGGUAUCCAAAAACCUAGCAAAAGUUGUUCUAUAUUUUUGGAUUGCAGAGUUACUUGCAUGACAUAUAACAAUAAUUUCAGGUAAUAUUUUUGUUUUGAACGACGGUAUUCUGCUAUAGUUUCCCAUGUAUCAUAUACAUAUACAGUGAAACCUCCCUUAACGGACACCUCUAAAUAGCGGACGUUUUUUCGGGGACGGAUUAUUGAAUUUAUUUAUUUGUUAAAAAACAUGUUUUCCUCCAAAUAGCGGACAAAAUUUCGGCAACCGAGAGUGUCCGCUAUUCAGAGGUUUCACUGUAUAUGCCAAUAACAAUAUGACUGGUCAAGUAAUUUCAUAAAGGUUUUUUAAUGUCCUUGUCAGUACUAUAAAAAGUUUGAGUAUUGAACUUUUUAUCAUGUGAAUAUACAAUUAUUUAUCUUAAAUAUCUUAAGUAUUAUUCUGUUUGCAUAUUCCAUGGUAACACAGUCAAAAUCUAUCUUGACACUGUUUAUAUAAAAUAACUAAUUUAAAUUCAUUUUAAAUCAUUAAACUGAAUAGUACUUUAAAUAAUAGUCUGCUUACAACUUCCUUAUAAUUAAUAAUGCUUUUUUAACAGUUAAAAACUUAUUUGUUAAAUUUCAAUUUUUAUAGUAAAUCAGAAAAUGUUAAAAGUGAAUCAGAAGAAGAAGCUGAUAUUAAAAGUGACAUUAUUGUGGGCGCUAGUGUACCUAAGCUGAAACAAAAAGUUAAAAGAAAAUUGUCUACAAAUAAUGAUCAAAAUAAAAAAUUGAAAUCUAGUUCUAAGAGAAAAAGUGUGUUAAAUAAUUGGAAUGUCAGUGAUGAUAUUUAAUUAAAAUAUAAUUUUGAAUAAAUGUAAUAAAUUUUUUAAAUAAA